CUUAAAAUCACAAAAUAAAUACAUACUUACCAACACAAUAUAUUUUAAACAAGUUUUAUACCUAUAAAAUACAUUAAAAUUAUAGUUAUUUUUGUAAGACAUUGUACGAAAGUUCAAGAAUAGUGGUAAUACCACUAAUACCAGUCGAAACUUUUGGAGUUAUACUGGUAAUUUUCGAAAAAAAAAAGUCUUAUUAUUAAUACCUACUUAAAACAUAGUCACAAUCGAUUUCCUUCAUUCUCCGCUACACAUUAAAUAUUAAUAAAUUAUAAUACAUUAUAUAUUCGCUUGUUUUUAAGCCAUAGCAUGCGUAUUGCGUGCCAUGCAAACGUGAUAUGGUAGUAUGGUAUAUAAUAUAAUUAUGGGUAUACAUUAUUUCGAGAGAGUGUCGAAACUUCUAAGAAUUUAUUUGUUCAUCAAACAUAUUAUGACGGACACGAAAAAAAAAACUAAAAAAAAAUACACAUCAUUGUAAAAUCAAUACAUUCAUAUAGCACCACUCGGAAACGAAAACACACAUCAUUGUAAAAAUAUACAUUGCCCAAUCAUCGCUUCACUUAGAAUAUAAUAUGAUUGUCAUCGUAUAAUAUUGGUAUCUAUAUAGAUAGAAAAAAGAUAGUGUUUCAACUGAUCGAUGGCCAUCGUACUCCGCGUCAUAAUAACGCCACAAAGAGACCAUUCGAAAAACGUUAAAAACAUGGUAAAAUUAAUUUAAAUAUUAGAAUAAUAUAUAGACAAUAGCCUGUACUUUAAAUUCAACGUGUAUAUACUAUUAUUAGGUACCUAUACCUAUAUAGUAAAAAUUAUUUUAUUCAAAGACAACGGUCAACGACUGGCCAUAAAAUAUUCCCUUAAUCGACGUACCUACCUACGUGGCUAUACACGAUUUUUAUUUUUCGAGUGUAAACUUGUAUAUACCUACACAUAAUAUUGGUCACGUUUUAUUCAAAUAUUUUUGCAAAAACCUAUAUACAUUGGUUAGUCGUGGAAUGAUUGAUCGAUUGACACGGUGUAUACGUUUUAGAAUAGGAACGUUUCCGCCCAAACGUUUUAAAACUUUCAGAUAUAUCAUAUUUAUAUUAUUUUUUUUAUUGCAGACGUGUAAUUUUGGUUAAAAUUUUAAAUCAAGUUCAAGUCAUAAGACGGAUAAAAUCCACUAGUCUUCGACAAACUACACGUUUGAAUGAUUACUUUUGGACAACAUUUUGCCAUAUCAUUGGCUACUCAACAGCACAAGAAUAAAAAUCAACAGGAACACCAACAAGAUCAUCAAAAUCAACAAGAUACAGCACCAGGCGGAGUUAAUAUUCUAUUGGGAGGGGUUAUGAUGAGUAGUAUGAUAUUAUUUAUUUUAUGGAUGUGUUAUUGUUGUCGAUGGAAAGAUAACAAGUUUGAUACAACGACAUGUGAUGAACAACCACAACCUUUUUGGAUUGAUGUUAAUUCAAACACUUACUAUGAAGCACUGCAAUGGUCUUUACAACAAGAAUGUUGUGAAAUACCAGAAACAUAUUGUUCACCAGAGACCAUGCCAGAGACACCACCAAGAUACGAAACCGUAAUCACACCACCGCCUGGAUAUGAGGAUGUGAUGAGAGAAAAUUACAAGAAGAAAAAAUCUUUAUUGGAUGUCACAGAAAAUAAUAGGAUGCAUACCAUUUGA